UGAUAUAUAUUUAAUAAAAAUAAAUGAGCAAAAAAAUAUAAAUAAAACAUGCUAAAUAGAGGGUAGUUUUAUUUAUUUUUGCGCCUGUCGAGUGCGCAAAAACACUUGCUGUUGCACAUGUCAAUUGGUGGGGAAAUUUAACGAAAAUAAAUUAUUCGAGUCAAAGAGACAUGAGAGUCAUCGGGGAUGUGUGUUUCUGUAAGCCUCGCGGAUGAUAACACAAGAUUUAUAUUAUUGGCUAUUGUCUUAACGGGUUAUAUGCUCGUUGGGGCAGCAAUAUUUCAAAAAUUAGAAGGUGAUGUUGAAUUAAAACAGGCAGCUGAAUUUUGGAAAGUAUAUAAUGCAUUUCGACGUUCAAAUUUGAUAACAAGUCCUCAAGCUGUUCAACAACUUCAUGAGCUUCUUUAUGCAUAUAGUAAUGCAUCAUCAUCUGGAAUAAUUAACAAACGUAGACGUUGGGAUUUCAGUGGAAGUUUUUAUUUUGUUGGAACAAUCGUCACAACAAUUGGAUAUGGUACAACGACACCUCAAACACAACUUGGUAAAGCUGCUGUAAUUUUUUAUGGUUUUUUUGGUUGUUCUGGUGGAAUAUUAUUUUUUAAUUUAUUUCUUGAAAGAAUAAUAACAUUUCUAGCAUGGAUAUUACGUUCACUACAUUUACGUAGAUUAAAAAAACGUCUUCGUAAAACAACAUUAGCAUCAAGACGUAAUAGAACAAGCAAUAAUCAACGUACAUAUUUACCAGAUAUACUUGAUGAUGAUGAUGAUGAUGAUGAUAUGGAUCUUGAUCAUUGGAAACCAAGUGUAUAUUGGGUCAUGCUUUAUUUAAUAAUAUUUUCAUGCAGUAUUGCUUGUUUUGGUGCAAUAAUUUAUUCAAAUAUUGAAGGAUGGAGUUUUAUUGAUUCAUUAUAUUUUUGUUUUGUAAGUUUUGCAACAAUUGGUUUUGGGGAUUUUGUUAGUACUGAAAAAAUAUAUUAUUCCUAUAAUCAAAUAUAUCGAAUUGGAAAUUUUAUAAUACUUGUAUUGGGAUGUUGUUGUAUAUAUUCAUUAUUAAAUGUAACAUCAAUUGUAAUAAAACAAAUAUUAAAUUGUUUUAUUAUAAAAUUACAUUGUAAAAAUAAAAAAAUGGCUGCACCACAUUUACCACGUAGAAAAUCAUCAGUAUCUGGUUUUUAUUAUCCAAAAAAACGUACAACAAAAAUAUGUGCACGUGAUUCAUUUAAAAAUAUUGAUAAUAAUAAUAGUAGUAUUAGUGGUGAUACACCAAGAAUUAAUAUCAAUGCUGGUUUAUUAAUAUCAAUGAAAAGUUUUCAUUUGCAAAAGUUACGCAAAGCAAAUUAUAUGAAACAGCACAGGAACACAAACAUCACCGUACAUAAACCAGGUGCUGUUGGACCACUUGCAAUUGCAUGUGAAAAAUUUGAAAGUACAAGUACUUCAAAUAGAUAAAAUUUCAUAUUAAUUAAUUAGUGUUAUAAAUUAUAUAAUUAUAAUGGAAUUAUUUUAAAGGAUUAAGUUAAAAAACAUUAAAAUAUUUUAAAAAUUUGAUAUAUGUACAUAAAUUAAGGUAAAAAUUAAUAGGUAAAUAAACUAAAUAAUGACAUUG